AUGCCAACCUUUGUCCAGCUCGUCGUCGGCCCCUCGCAACUCCGCACAACUUUGCUGGCCAAUCUCAACAAAGAAGAAGCCUUCCGAGAAGGCCGAAUGCUGAAGGCAGCCCUAAACCUGCCUUGGGCUUUCACCUUGGGAAGGCUUGCCUUCAGCAAAGGCGACACGCUUGUCGCUCUCAGCCUCUCACGAUCUCACCUCCGCCGAUCCAUCCGAGCGGAAGCAAGAUCGCCUUCCUCUAGAUUAGCGCCCCCAUCUUGGUCCCACCAUCCUCGCCACCCUGACGCCGUCGGCCUCGCUGCUCGAGAAGGCUGGGUGCAAGACAUUCGCGGGCCUCCUCGUCUCGACACCGAGGUUGACUCCUCACGGGUGGCAAGCAUGGUGCUCAAGUCCACCCCCGUCGCAAUCUUCACCGUCGAUAGCGUCCUCCUCCUCGCCGAGCUGUUCAGCAAGUCCCCGUCCCCCGCGCCGGUGCUAUCGCUGCGACCCAUCGCUCCUGAAAUCCAGUGGAAGCUAGACCCCCGCGCUCCAGGUCUAUCACCACCACUACCAGUGCUAUUCGCCAGAGAGGAAGUGGAGCGAAAGAGAGAUUUCUGCUCCCUCUCGGACCUUUCUUCACUGAAGCAUCGAGACUCCAAGAACGAGAAUACUCUUCUGCAUACUCUUGAUUGA